AAGGAGCGAGGGACUUUAGUACAGAAGAAAUGGUCAAAUAAUUUUAUUUUACUAGUUUUUUGUACUUCGUUGCAUACUUUAAUUAACAAGUAUGUGCUGUCUGUAUUGCAGUUUCAAUACCCCACGUUGUUCAUCAGUUGGCAGUGUGGUAUUUGUAUGUUUCUGCUGAUGUCUGCUCAUUCUAUUGGCUACAUUAAACUGUCGAGCAUUGAUAGAGGUGCAAUAAAGCUGUGGCUACCUUGCAUGGUGCUACAUACGGCUGUAAUGUAUUUUGGUUCUGUCUCAUUGUCGAAGCUGGCUGUUCCCAUAUUUAUUGGUCUUCAAAAUUUAACAUAUUUGUUUAUGGAAUUUUGUAAUUUAUGGAGGUCAAAAUUGCUUCCAAGCUUAUCUGUUCAAGUUAGACAAACUCAAUCGCCUAUAAUUGGGUUUCCUUAUAUAUUAUCUGUUCAGGGCUCUAUGCAGUACUCGCUGAAAUCAUAAAAGACACGAAAUUAAG